CACAAAUUGAUUAAACACGUCGCACCUUACUUUUUAAAACACUUGUCAAUGUGAAAUUAAUCAAGUGCAGUAAGGAUCAAAUGGCGAAUAAGUGCCGAUACGAGAGAAGGAGAACUUUAGCGGAAAGACUGAACAAUUGGCGAGCUCGCAAUGAUUCUACGAAUGUAUCACUUUUGUUAAGCGGAGAUCACCUGAGCGAGCCGAAAAAGACUGAAAAAAGGUCUCCAUGUCAAACCUGCUACUGCCGCAAGUCUCCGGUGCUGUCCAAAUUUAAUUUGAGACCCAUCUCCGUCAGCGAGGGAUACAGCCAUUCGUCUCCCGCGGAACUUUCCCAGCGAACCUCGUCUGGACCCCGACCGGCGGCGGUGGCGCUGAGAACCGUCGAGGAGGCUCGCAGCGAGCUGAUCUCCCCUCGCAGGCGGACCGUGCGCUCAAACUCCCCCGAGCCUGCGCGACUUCAAAACCUGGAAACGUUCCGUAAGGACAACUACUUCGAGUGCCAUUCGAGCGCGAACAUCCACGACGUGCCGGUAGGCGAUCACAAGUGCGUCCACAAGUUCGUCUUAAACAAUCGGCUAAUACCCGAACCGCUCAACGCCGACCCGUUCGGCACCAGCCGAUGCGUUCGUUGCAACAAGCCGAUGCGGAUAAAGGCGGAGGAGGAACGGUCGAAGCCACUCACGCAGCGAGCGCGUCCGAGGAUCACUCCCAACGCGAUCAAUAUAGCCGGGGAGACGAACGUGACCGAAAUUCAAAUUCCCGCCAACUUCAACAAGCUUCUGGAGCUAUUCCAAGAGACCGCGACUAACAUUAGUAAAGUGAAGCCGACCAAUACGCUCGCUUUAAGACACCAGAAGGGAGUUGUUCUAAAUUAAGUUGCUUUAAAUGUACUCGAUUAAAUUA